GCCAGGCGCCUGAGCCCCGGGACGCGAGCACUGGAGGCAGGCGGCCGGCUGUUCGGGCGCAACGGAGAGGCCGACAGAAGGUGAGCGCUGUGGGCGAUGGGAUGGAUGAGGCGGAGCAGGACCAGCAUGAGGCCCGACUCAAGGAGCUGUUCGACAGUUUUGACACGACGGGCACCGGGUCCCUGGGACAGGAGGAACUCACCGACCUUUGCCACAUGUUGAGCUUGGAGGAGGUGGCCCCGGUGCUGCAAGAGACGCUGCUUCAGGACAACCUCCUGGGCAGGGUGCAUUUUGACCAAUUUAAAGAAGCAUUAAUACUUAUCUUGUCUAGAACUCUAUCAAAUGAAGAACACUUUCAAGAACCAGACUGCACUCUCGAAGCUCAGCCCAAAUAUGUUAGAGGUGGGAAGCGUUACGGACGAAGGUCCUUACCUGAGUUUCAAGGAUCCGUGGAGGAAUUUGCGGAGGUGACAGUAAUUGAGCCACUCGAUGAAGAAGCAAGGCCUUCACACAUCCCAGCCAGCGACCGCAGUGAGCACUGGAAGACGCAGCGCAGCGAGGAGUACGAAGCAGAAGGCCAGUUAAGAUUUUGGAACCCAGAUGAUUUGAAUGCCUCACAAAGUGGGCCUUCCCCUCCCCAAGACUGGAUAGAAGAGAAACUGCAGGAGGUUUGUGAAGAUUUGGGGAUCACCCGUGAUGGUCACCUAAACCGAAAGAAGCUGAUCUCCAUCUGUGAGCAGUAUGGUUUGCAGAAUGUCGAUGGUGAGAUGCUUGAAGAAGUCUUCCAUAAUCUUGAUCCUGAUGGUACGAUGAGUGUAGAAGAUUUUUUCUACGGCUUGUUCAAAAAUGGAAAAUCCCUUACCCCAUCAGCAUCUACCCCAUAUAGACAAUUGAAAAGGCACCUCUCCAUGCAGUCUUUCGAUGAGAGUGGACGACGGACCACAACCCCAUCUGCGAUGACAAGUACCAUUGGCUUUCGGGUCUUCUCCUGCCUGGAUGAUGGGAUGGGCUAUGCAUCAGUGGAGAGAAUACUUGACACCUGGCAUGAAGAGGGCAUUGAGAACAGCCAGGAGAUCCUGAAGGCCUUGGAUUUCAGCCUUGAUGGAAAUGUUAAUUUGACAGAACUGACGCUGGCUCUUGAAAAUGAACUUUUGGUUACCAAGAACAGCAUUCACCAGGCGGCUCUGGCCAGCUUUAAGGCUGAGAUCCGGCAUUUGCUGGAGCAAGUUGAUCAAGUGGUCAGAGAAAAAGAGAAGCUACGGUCAGAUCUGGAAAAAGCUGAGAAGCUCAAGUCUCUAAUGGCCUCAGAGGUGGACGAUCACCACGCAGCCAUAGAGCGGCGGAAUGAGUACAACCUCAGGAAACUGGAUGAAGAGUACAAGGAACGAAUAGCAGCCUUAAAGAAUGAGCUUCGAAAGGAGAGAGAACAGAUCCUACAACAGGUGGGCAAGCAGCGUUUGGAACUUGAGCAGGAAAUUGAAAAGGCAAAAACAGAAGAGAAUUACACCCGGGACCGCCUUGCCCUCUCUUUAAAGGAAAAUGGUCGUCUAGAAAACGAGCUUCUGGAAAAUGCAGAGAAGUUGGCAGAGUAUGAGAAUCUGACAAACAAACUUCAGCGAAAUUUGGAAAAUGUUUUGGCAGAAAAGUUUGGUGACCUUGAUCCCAGCAGUGCUGAAUUCUUUUUGCAAGAAGAAAGGCUGACACAGAUGAGAAAUGAAUACGAGCAGCAGUGCAGGCUAUUACAAGACCAAGUAGAUGAACUCCAGUCUGAGCUGGAAGAAUAUCGUGCACAAGGCAAAGUGUUCAGACUUCCCUUGAAGAACUCACCGUCAGAAGAACUUGAUAUGAACAGUGGUUGUGUCGAGCCUGACCAGGGGCUUGGUUCUGAAGAAUGCAAUCCAUUGAAUAUGAGCAUCGAGGCGGAGCUGGUCAUCGAACAGAUGAAAGAACAACAUCACAGGGACUUGUGUUGCCUGAGACUGGAGCUUGAAGAUAAAGUGCAUCAUUAUGAAAAGCAGCUAGAUGAAACCAAGGUUGCCUGUAAAAAGGAGCAGGAGAACGUGAAGCAAAAGUAUGAGAAUGAAGUGCACAUCUUGGAAGAACAAAUAAGUGACCUUAAAAAUGAAAUUGCAGAACUUCAGGGCCAGACAGUGGUACUCAAGGAGGUACAACACACGGCUAUCUGCAGACAUGAGGAGGAGAAAAAACAACUGGAAAUGAAGUGGGAUGAGGAAAAGGCUCACCUGCAGGAGGAGCUGAGGCUGGAGCUAAAGGCUAGGCUGGAGCAGGCAGAGGAAAGCUUUAAUGGAGAAAGGGAAAAACUCAUUCAAAAUGGUGCCUGGACAGAAGAGAAGGUGAGAAGCUUGACUCAGGAACUAGAACAAGUUCACCAGGAGCAACUGAAAAGCCUGGUGGAGAAGCACACUCUUGAGAAAGAGGAAUUGCAAAAAGAGCUCUUGGAAAAACACCAAAGGGAACUACAUGAGGGAAGGGAAAAAAUGGAAACUGAGUGUAAUAGAAGAACCUCUCAGAUAGAAGCCCAGUUUCAGGCUGACUGUCAGAAAGUCGCUGAGAGAUGUGAAAAUGCUCUGCGAAGUCUGGAGGGGCACUACCGCCGAGAGCUGAAGGAGGUCCUGGAACAACAGCGCGAGGAGAGAUCCCAGUGGGAGUUUGAGAAGGACGAGCUCACCCAGGAGUGUGCAGAAGCCCAGGAGCAGCUUAAAGAGACUCUCCAGAGAGAGAAAGCGACUUCUCUGGUCCUGACCCAGGAGAGAGAGAUGCUGGAGAAAACAUACAAAGAACAUUUGAACGGCAUGGUUGUUGAGAGAGAGCAGCUACUCAAAGACCUGGAAGAUCUAAGAACUGUGUCGGAAAGUCAGCAAAGUCUGCUGUCCAGCCAGAUACUUGAGCUGAAGAGCAGUCAUGAAAGAGAACUGAAGGACCGUGAGCAGGUCCUGUGCCAGGCAGGCGCCUCGGAGCAGCUGGCCAGCCAGAGGCUUGAAAGGCUAGAAAGGGAACGUGACCAGGAGAGGCAGGAAAUGAUGUCCAAGCUUCUGGCCAUGGAGAAUGUCUACAAAGCGACCUGUGAGAAAGCAGAUCGAGAGAGGGCUGAGAUGAGCACAGAAAUCUCCAGGCUUCAGGAUAAAAUUAAGGAAAUGGAGCAGGUGGCAUCUCCUCCCUCCAGGCUUCAGAAUGGCUGCCAGGCAAUGGGAAGGGAGGAGGUGGAAGGAAGUGGAGCCAUGUCCCUGCUCCAGCAAGGAGAGCAGCUGUUGGAAGAGAAUGGAGAUGUCCUCUUAAGCCUGCAAAGAGCUCAUGAACGAGCAGUGAAGGAAAAUGUGAAAAUGGCAACUGAAAUUUCUAGGUUGCAACAGAGGCUGCAAAAAUUAGAGCCAGAGUCAGUAAUGUCUUCUUGUUUAGAUGAGCCAACUACUGGGUUUUUUGGAAAUUCCGUGGAACAAACAGAGCCAUUUUUACUGCCAAACCGAAUGAAACAAGUAGAAGGUGGAACCAUGCAGCACGUCCUAAGUGAUCUGCAAGGAGAUGAGGUCCGGGAUCUGGAAAGUACGGGGACAAGCUCUGGUCAGAGACAGGAGGUCAGAAUAGAGGAGUCUGAAGCAUCAAUAGAGAGUUUUUCUGAGCUUGAAAAUAGUGAGGAGACCAGGACUGAAACCUGGGACCUAAAGAAUCAGAUUGGCCAGCUUCAGGAACAACUAAUGAUCUUACGUGCAGACUGUGAUCGAGCUUCUGAAAAGAAACAGGACUUACUUUUUGAUGUUUCUGUGCUAAAAAAGAAAUUAAAGAUGCUUGAAAGAAUCCCCGAGGCUUCCACCAAGUAUAAAUUGUUAUAUGAAGAUGCUAGUAGAGAAAAUGAGUGUCUUCAGGAAGAGCUGAGAGUCAUGGAGACGCGCUACGAUGAAGCACUAGAAAAUAACAAAGAACUCACUUCAGAAAUGUUCCGAUUACAGGAUGAGCUAAAGAAAGUUGAAGAAGUGACUGAAACAUUCCUUAGCCUGGAAAAGAGUUACGACGAGGUCAAAAGAGAAAAUGAGGAACUGCAUGUUCUUGUUUUGAGACUUCAAGGCAAGAUCGAGAAGCUGCAAGAAAGAGCAGUGCUGCAGUAUGACUGCUUCUCCUUAUGGGAAGCCCAUUUAGAUAACCUGGAAGUCGGACCUGAUGAAAAGGUCCUUGAACUAAAUCAGACACUGGAAGAGUGUGUACCAAAGGUUAUGAGUGUACACCAUAUUAUAGAAGAACAUUGUCAAGAAAACCAGUACCUAGAGCAGGAGAAUACACAGCUCUUAGAAAAAGUAAGAGCACAUGAAAUUGCCUGGCUAUGUGGAACACUCCAGACACAUCAAGAAAAGCCUGGAGUACAGAACCAAGUAAUACUGGAGGAAAACACUGCUGCUCUCCUCAGCCUUCAGGACAGACAUUUUCAGCGCCAGGCCACAAUCACAGAGUUAGAACGGGAGAAAAAGAAGCUGCAGGAGCUGACUAGAAAGUUGAGGGAAAGAGUCACUGCUUUAGUUAAGCAAAAAGAUGUACCUUCUCAAGGAGAAAAGGAGGAAGAGCUGAAGGCAAUGAUGCAUGACUUGCAAAUCACGUGCAGUGAGAUGCAGCAAAAAGUUGAGCUUCUGAGAUAUGAAUCUGAGAAGCUUCAAGAGGAAAAUUCUAUUUUGAGAAAUGAAAUUACUACUUUAAAUGAAGAAGACAGCAUUUCUAACCUGAAAUUAGGGAAAUUAAAUGGAUCUCAGGAAGAAAUGUGGCAAAAAAUAGAAACCGUAAAACAGGAAAAAGCUGCAGUUCAGAAGAUGGUUGAAAAUUUAAAGAAACAGAUUUCAGAAUUAAAAACCAAAAACCAACAGUUGGAUUUGGAAAAUAUGGAGCUUAGCCAAAAGAAUUCUCAAAAUCAGAAAGAACUGCAAGAAGUUAAUCAACGUCUGGCAGAGAUGCUAAGUCAGAAGGAUAAAGAGCCAGGACACAGUACAUGUGAGGAAUGGGAACAAGAGAAGUCUAAUCUAAAAGAAGAACUGGAACACUGUAAAGUGCAGUCUUCCACUUUAGUGUCUUCUCUGGAGGCAGAACUUUCUGAAGUUAAACUACAAAUUCAUAUUGUGGAACAGGAAAACCUCCUUCUCAAAGAUGAACUGGAGAAAAUGAAACAACUGCACAGAUGUCCCAAUCUCUCUGACUUCCAGCAAAAAAUUUCUAGUAUUCUAAGCCACAAUGAAAAACUGCUGAAAGAAAAGGAAGCUCUAAGUGAAGAAUUAAAUAGCUGUGUUGAUAAGUUGGCAAAAUCAAGUCUUUUAGAGCACAGAAUUGCUACUAUGAAGCAAGAACAGAAGUCUUGGGAACACCAGAGCGAAAGCUUAAAAUCACAGCUAGUGGCUUCACAGGAAAAGGUUCAGAAUUUAGAAGACACCCUGCAGAAUGUAAACCUGCAAAUGUCCCGAAUUAAAUCUGAUCUACAAGUGACUCAGCAGGAAAAGGAGGCUUUAAAACAAGAAGUGAUGUCUCUACACAAGCAACUUCAGAAUGCUGGUGACAAGAACUGGGCCCCAGAUAUAGGCACCCAUCCAUCAGGAUUCCAUAACCAACAGCAAAGGCUGUCCUGGGACAAGUUGGAUCACCUGAUGAAUGAGGAACAACAGCUGCUUUGGCAAGAGAAUGAGAGACUCCAAACCGUGGUACAGAACACCAAAGCGGAACUCAUACACUCCCGGGAGAAGGUCCGUCAACUGGAAUCCAACCUUCUUCCUCCUAAGCUCCAAAAACAUCUAAACUCAUCAGGUACUGUGAAGCCCACAGAGCAGGAAAAGUUGAGCUUAAAGAGAGAGUGUGAACAGUUUCAAAAGGAACGAUCUCCUACUAAUAGAAAGGUUAGUCAGAUGAAUUCCCUUGAACGAGAAUUAGAAACAAUUCAUUUGGAAAAUGAAGGCCUGAAAAAGAAACAAGUAAAACUGGAUGAGCAGCUAAUGGAGAUGCAGCACCUGAGGUCCACUGUGAUGCUUAGCCCAUCCCCUCAUGCUUGGGAUCUGCAGCUGCUCCAGCAGCAAGCCUGUCCAAUGGUUCCCAGGGAGCAAUUUCUGCAGCUUCAAUACCAGCUGCUACAGCCAGAAAGGAUAAACCAGUGCCUGCAGGAGGAACUUGAAAACAGGACUUCUGAAAUCAACACACCACAGGGAAACCAGGAACACCUGGUAACUGUCAUGGAGGAGCGAAUGAUGGAAGUUGAACAAAAAUUGAAACUGGUGAAAAGCCUUCUUCAGGAGAAAGUGAAUCAGCUCAAAGAACAAGUGAGCCUCCCAGGUCAUCUCUACCCACCCACCUCACAUUACUUUAACUGCAGUUUUACAUUCCUCUAUUGCUAUUAACUUGUUAACUUUUGUUGUCUAAUAAAAGCAAAUUCUAUUAUAAAUGUUUAGAAGAA